CUGCCGGCGUUCUAAUAUGCAGUACAUGUUCGAACACGGUUGUAAAUAUAUUAGGUCAAAUAGUUGUAAUCUGACUAGCUACUAUUUUCCAUGUCGAGAUUGCAGUGGACUAUGAUAAUUUAGCAAGACGACAUAAAAUGAAGGUGAUAUGUGCAGGAAUGUCAAAAUGUGGAACGAAAAGUAUGCAUUCUGCUUUAGAAGAACUCGGGUUUGAAGUACAUGACUUCCCAGAAGCAUAUGACAAUUUUGUUUCGAAAUAUCUGAAUAUUUAUUCCAGAGGAUGGACCUCUAGGGAGUUCCAAGUAAUGUACAAUGAUGUCGAUGCUGUGGUGGACUCUCCAGCUUAUUACUACUGGGAAGAAUUGAUGGAGGCUUUUCCGGAGGCAAAGGUAAUACUAAUGACUAGGGAUACCGAAGAAAUGUGGUUUGAAAGUAUUAGAAAACAGCUGCUUUCAUUUAAUGGAUUGCAUUGUUACUACUACCAACUGCUUUCGCCGACCUGGAGAAGAUUUUGGGAAUUUGCAAGAGCAUGUAACGUUGCUUUUGGACUAGAACAAUAUAAUUUUAUGUACUUUGGAGAGAAAGAUCCCCCGAAACUUCCUUUUAUGCUGGCGUAUAAAAAGCACAAUGCGCAUGUAACUCAGAGCUGCCCGAAAGAUCGUCUUUUAAUUUACAACUGCAAGAGUGGAUGGAAACCUUUGUGUAAAUUUCUUGGAAAGGACGUACCAAGAAAAGAUUUUCCUUGGAUAAACAAAAAAAGUGAAUUAGCUAACAUGAUUUGGGAAAUGCCAAUGUUCAAGAAAGCCAAAAUUGAAAUGUUAACAAAUGCUACCUUGUUGUUUGCUAGUGUUAUAUGUGCUGGAUAUUACUUUGUAAAAUAUAGUUGAAAUUGAAUAAGUUGCAUGUGCUUUCAAUAUAACAUGAAAUUUUGAUCUAUACUUUUUGUCAUUAAAACAUGCUUUCCUAUUUAUUGAAACAUCUUGUUUCAACAUAACCCAUGGAAUACAUAUUAUUCAUCAAAUAAUAAAACAUAUAUAUAAAGUAUUUCUGAAAAAAUUGAUUUUUUUUGUGCCGGUAUGGCAAACUGUUAUUUGCUAUUGAAAAAACUCCAGCAGCGAUAUGGAAACACGUAAGCAUGUUAAACAUUAUAUAUCUGAGGUUAGUUAAGGUCAGGUUAAAUGAUUUAUGCAUUUCUAUGUAUUGCAAUAAAUGAUGCCAUAUUAUGCAGACUUCUAAAUAUAACACCCUUCAUUAUCAUGUAUGAUAUAUACUGUAUAUUAUAAAUGUAUAAAGGCUAUACAUUUAAAAUAUAUUCAUCACAUAUGAGAAUGAAACUG